AUGCUCAAUCGUAUUAUUGGACGCAGAGGACUGCUUGUCUUUGGUCGAUUACUGCGUCCUUUCGUCGGCAGUUUCAGCAACGUCUCAUCUCCUCCCUCCUCUCCAAUUAACCUCAGGGAUCACAACAUCAGUCACAUGUUUGGUGCGUACGAUGAGGUUCUUUCCAUCCAGACCCACUAUCUUCGUCAGGGCCUAGGAGCCAACAAUAUCCUUCUAUUUCCCGGUCCAUUCGGCUCCAUCAGGACUGAUUACAUGGACUUCCUGCAGCGUCUGAACCUAAACGAGUACGUUCCCUGGGGCUGCUUGGCACUGUGUGUUUUGACCAACUGGUGUAGAUAUAGACGGAGAUAGGUGUAGAAAGUCGCACUAGGAUACAUCAUAUAGAAGUGGCCCAGUAGCCGACGACUACACUAUGUACGCUGUUGGUUCACACUCACGAUUGGGUAGACCAGUUUGGUAAGCGUGAAUAUUCGUAUACAACAGUCAUUGUGAUGUCUGCAAAGCAGGAUGUUGUGAUGAAACUAGCAAAUCUGCCACUACACACACAGUUAUGAUCAUCAAUGAAGGAUGCUGAAGGGAGACCAUCUGUCACGAUUAUCCAUACAUGCUCUGGAUAUUGGAUACAAAUCUACUAAAUUUAUGCUCGAAGGAAGGGUAUAAUUCGGCUUUGAAAAAGUUUCUAAUUGUUGGACGUUUAAUAUCGUUUAAAAUCGAAUUAUACCUUUCCCUCGAGCACAAAAUUAGAAGAAGGUGUAAUUAUCUACCGAAUGAGCAGAAGAAUGAAUACUUUUGUGCAUGUUUUCCAUAAAAUACAAUUGGACUAUUCGGGGCAUCGAAAGUCAAUGAGAAAAUUUUAUGCUAAGUAAGUAGUCAUCUUUUACAGAGUGCAGUUUUUGCAUGCAGCCGGAUGGAAGUUCAUUCGAAAGUCGGCAUCCUGAGGUGACUGAACUAUCAUGUUGCAGACUAACUAGUUUUACAACCCUACUUAAUUAAUCUUUUCGAAACGAAAAAGCAUUUCGAAAUUGCCGUUGACAUUUCAUCAGUUAGUCCACCUACUGUAAUUCAUGCAUGCGUGUAGUCUGGAGAGGUUCUCUCGGACGUCACGUUUUAAAAUUUAGCGGACUCGCCCGCCAGUUGUACGUCUGACGGCGACGACGACGACGACAACGACCUAUGGCAAUAAGUUUUAAAAUAUCCGAAACAAAGUUUGUUGUUUCCUCAAUUGACUUCUUCAGCAUGAACAUAUACACACGCAAGGACGGAGGAACGUCAACGUCUGUGAUGACUGCACGUGGCCUAUGAGAACAUCUUCGUUUACAGUAUGCCAGAUUAUCUGGACACACAAUAACCCUUAUUGCGCGCACAUUUUUGAUACAGGUUCCCCAGCUCAUUGUCAGACUUACGGGACACACACAAAAACAGUUCACCCUUUAACCCUGUUGAAGAAGUGAUUCUGCAGUUGGCUGAAGCUUGCGCCAUUGCACGUCGAUUGCAUUUCUUCAUGCCCUCGACACGGGCUAUAUUGGCUUUCAUUUGUCCCUGAGGAAUUUGUGAGUGGCAUCUAAACCGAGAUGCCGAUUGAUGCAGGGCACAGUUGAUUGAAUUACUUCCAGGGAUUCACGGCGUAGCCAUAUUGGUAGAUGGAUGAAAACUAUAAGAGUGUUCUCCCAUGGGCAAGAUGGUCCCCCUCUCCUCAUCAUCGCUAACUGACGUUCAUCUACAGGGUUUCAGACAGAUUUCCCAGUUCGGCAUCAAAACUGGCACAUGGGAUCUUGCAUACAACGUCUAUUCUUUCAAAGGGAAUUAAUUUACCCUGGAGAGUUUUACUAGAGAAAGAGGUUGUCACAGUUGAAAAGUGAGUUUUUGUCUGAUUCUAGCUAUGGGAAUCAGUUUGCUGUCACAGGCGUUAUUUUAGAGAGCCAAAUGUUUUAUCGAUUGUUAAAGGUCAGAUUAGCAGGUCUGUGCGUUUUCGUCCCCUAAAGUGCAGUAAUGAUGCAUAGGGGGAAUGGGUUGUUUAAAAGGGCCGACAUCGUUUUGUCAUUUGAUGAACUCUAUGUUUUGACACCAAAAUGACUCUCACCGAAUAGUCAUGUUCAGUUUGGAACAUAUGAAAUAUUGAUUGUCGCGCGGUCUAGUUUCUGCGCAUGCGUAAUUUAGAAAUGGAAGGAGAAAAUCAUCGGCAAAAUAUCAGUGUUCUGAGUGAUCGAAAGCAUGUAAACACAUAACGCAGAGUUUGUCUUUAUAUGCAAUCCAUGCAGUACACUGCACAUUUCAAGGUAUGCAGGGAUGUCUCAAGGCUGAUCUGAAAUUCAGCGUAAUCUAGAACAAACAAGACGUCCGAAUUAGUUUUACGGAAGAAAAGUCCUGACAACAUGUGCUCUUAUGAAAACUGUUAUUCCCAUGGCAUGCCCGUUGGCGAAAUCAAGUGAAAUCCUCUAAAAGAAUAUUUAAAUGUGAAAUUUGCUAAAAGACCACUUUCAGACGUCAGUCUUCAAGUACUGCUUAAUAUACUCGUUUUCUGUAUGAACAGACAUUCCGUAUAUCUAGAACUGGAUUUUACACGAUUGCAGCCAUCUUUGACUUUUUCGGAAUUUUCUGCUUUUCUCAAAAAAUUAUAUUUCUAAGCAAUCUACCAUUAUCUUUGAUUAAUAUUGACAUAGGGUGCAUGCAUUGGUGUCGGUUAGCGAGUAAUUAGCAGUCUUUUGUAUAUUUCGGCACCUUGCAUCACUUGGGUCACAUAGUUUACACUAUUUUCCCCGUAAGACACCUUAUUUUCCUCAUGCACACACGCGCAUAUGUGUAGAGUAGUCGUACUGCCUGUGAUGAACAAUCACUCCAUCUCUCGAAGGCGCAAAUUCGCUUUCGGUCGCGUAUCGAUCUUGUGCCCAGUGGGUGAUCCAAUUUCACGCCAAGUACUGGAGGCGUGACAGUCAAAUGCCUGUUGACUUAGUCAGCAGAAAUAGGGAACAGGCGCCGGCAAACGAAGCACUACGAGAAUGAAUCAAUAGCGUCACUCGCGAAGGAGGAUGUGUUUGAAGUCGGCCUGAGCAACAUGCAUUCAUUUGGCCUUCGUGGUGGACACGAGGGAGAGUUUUGAAUGUGGGACUAGUAGCAUGUUGUACUAGGGGCUGGUCUGCCCGCAAUUAUCCUACGCCACGGAGUUAGUCUAUAGAUGGUUUCUACGGGACAACCCUUUAGUGCCGUGUGCCCAUUCGUGUAAGCCAUGCACAACAGAAACGCCUUCCGCAGCCUGCUCACAAAGCACUUUUGUCCGUCUUCCCCCCUCCGCCCACCCCCUUUAGGUUUACCGCGAUAGCCUUCGAUCCGCCGGGCUGCGGUUUCAGCAUUCCUCCCGACCGCGAUUGGAGUGAUCCGCAGAUCCUGCUGAAGGAUGCCAGAGUUGGCGUGAACUUGAUGCGCCAGCUGGGUCAUCUGCCCUUCUCCUGCGUGGGCUGGUCAGAGGGCGCUCAGUCAACCAUCAGGGCAGCAUCGGAAUUGAAUACUGACGGUUAGUUACAUUUUGAUUGGCCAAUUCUGCUGCUGGCACAUCUGCUUAUUUGUUGUUCUAGAAUGCACUUAUUGUGGACGCAGACAGUGACAGUAUGUCAAAUGACCCGUUGUCUGGCGUCAUGAUUUCUUGACCUCUACUCCCUACACACUCACACACGCACACUACGCGCGGUGAAUGAAACGAAACUAGUUCCGAUUUCCCACAGACUACUGCGAAUACCUGAAAGGACACAUCAGGAAGCAGCCCUUUCAGCCUGACCUUCCGUUCUGGGAGGGACCAAGGUGUCCCGCCAUGCUACCAAUUUUUCACUUCAAUGGGUCGCCUAGACAAUUAAUUUCUCCCGAACAUGAAGGCGGGAUGAUGUGAAAUGCUAUGUGUGUGUGUGUGUGUUGUGUUGUAUGGAGUGGCGGACUGGUGGGCUGGGCUGGGAGACGGGCUGAAACAGCACCUUCCACGGCGCUCUCACGCAAGUGAGAGCCACGCCGUUCAACCGCCGUUGUGUGAAAUCCUGGUGUAUGUGUUUGUAUGGGGGGCCUGGUCGUGCACGUGGCGCACGCAGGCAUGGCCAGUCGACCAUGCCAGCCACCGCGCCCAUUCCCACUCCAGUCUGCUGACCGGCUCGGACAGCGAAAUGCUCUCAUUAUUUUGGGGUGUGUGUGAUCAGCAUGAUACUGCCAAGUCUUUUCCAUUUGCUACCUGCUUAUUGUACGCAGACAUAUGAAGGAAACCUAAUCCAUGCAUUCAGACUCGAUUGAGGGCCUGGUGGUGUGGGACCUGGAGGGAUAUAUUGGCGCAGAGGACGGAUCGGGGAAUGGUGGUCAUAUCAUGGGAGGCAACCCCGAUUCGGUGGACUCCUUGCCAGACAGCCGUCGUCUUCCGCUGCAGGCUGUUUAUGGUAGAGCGUACAUGCGGGAUAGUUGGCCUGCCUACGUUGAGAGAAAGGAGCUCCGACGUAUGGGUCCUGCCGAUCUCCGCUGCCUGCCACAGCGUCUCCUCCGGAUGCCCCUAAUGCACAUUGCAUCUCGGCACUCCGAGGCGCGGCGACACCAUGAUGCCAACAGUCAAUCAACUGAAUCGGCUCUCCUCGCCUGUUCGUGCUGCUGUUCAACCCUCUGGCCCGACAAGUCUGACGCGGAACGGAAGGCUGGCUGGCAGCAGCCACACAAGUUGCAUGCUGAUUUCUUUCAGUCCUCUGUCGAAAACUUUAUUCUCGAAUCUAUUCACUAG